ACUUGAAUGCAGCAUGGGACGUCGCAUAGCAUAGUAUCCGUCCUCAGUGAUAAUUCCAUGGGCUAGCUUCCCAAAUCAAGGGAAGUUGUUUGACUUCAGGGGCUCACCCCGCUGGCAGAUCCUCUCCUGUCAGUCUCCUUUCUCUCUCGUACUGUUGUUGACUCCGUCGUUAAGUUCAUGACGGUUGCUGACGGUGACACCCUUGCGCUCAUUAUGCCUGUCCGAGCAGAGUGCUGCAGUACCACCGGCUUGGCCUGCCCAUCCCCGGUCUCUCUUUUCCCCCCUGCCCCGAUCAACACGUACCAGCCCGGGGUGGCCACCUCGCUGCUCUAUAGCGGCUCACAGUUUCGGGGAUAUCAGAAGAGCAAAGGCAACUCCUACGACGUUGAGGUGGUUCUGCAGCAUGUGACAAUGGAGGACUCAUAUUUGUGUGGAUACCUGAAGAUCAAAGGCCUGACUGAGGAGUAUCCAACACUCACAACAUUCUUUGCUGGUGAAAUUAUCAGUCAAAAAAGGCCUUUUUUAACACGGAAGUGGGACGCAGAUGAAGAUGUGGACCGAAAGCACUGGGGCAAGUUCAAGCCUUUUUACAAAUAUGCCAAAAGCUUCAACUCAGAUGACUUUGACUACGAAGCUCUGGACAACAGCGAUUAUGUCUUCAUGAGGUGGAAGGAGCAGUUUCUUGUUCCAGACCACACCAUCAAAGACAUCAGCGGUGCCUCCUUUGCCGGCUUUUAUUAUAUCUGCUUUCAGAAGUCCACAGCCACUAUCGAGGGGUACUAUUAUCAUAGGAGCUCUGAAUGGUACCAGUCUCUAAACCUUAACCACGUUCGAGAGCACAGUAUGCCUAUUUACGAGUUCCGGUGACGAACACACAGACGAGUAUCGAGUCAAGUUGAGGACUGUUCUUGCUGAUCUGUGGUUAAACGAGGUGGGAUCGAUGGAGAGCCCCUUAAUUGAAAAGACUGGAGCUGAUCCUGAUCCUUGCUGCAGGGCCCAACCUGUGAUCAGAUACUCUAUUGACGGACUGAAAGAAAGACGACACAGAGAAAGAGAGAGAGAGGAGCUGAUAAAAGAUCAGUGAUGGAUGGACCGUUUUUACAGUGAACAUAAGACUGCUGUUUGCCUUGAAUUUCAUUUUGAUCCUUGUUUUUUUUUUUUCGAUGAAUAUUUUGAGUUUUCAUUUUGUGUAACCUGAUUUCUUCAUGCUCUCAUAGGAUGUAGUCCCCUGUGGUUGGAAAUCAUAACAGGUUUUCCUUCACCAGAGACACUAAAAAUACACGCCUUUUAGGUAAGAGCUGCAAAAGAAAAGGGUGUAACGUUGUGAGAAGAGUUUUGUUCAGUAAAGUUUUGCCUCUUCUUUUAAAUAUAUAUAUUAUCCUUGCAGUCUGCACUCUGAUGCCCUAUAGUGAUUUGAGCAGUUUCAUGGUUUAUUGCCAGAAGAUUGCAGAAGAAGGGAGGAUGAUCUACUUUUUAUGCAAGGUAUGUAAAACUGAAGGUUAUAGUCUGGUUGCUCAGGGAUAGUAUGUGUGGGUCAUAUUGUAAUGCUGACAAACGACAGCUGAACAUGGGAGUUAGAAUUAGCUUAACAGCAAAGAUGGCAUCUGAACAACUAAUUUCUAAUAUUUAAUAAUUACCAAAAACUGCUGCUUUUCAGAGAAUCCUCUCUACACAGUUAUCUCACUGAAAACUUGCUUCAUGUCAGAUAUUUCUAUGCAAGCCAAAGGUCUCUAUUAGGUAGAAAUUCUAACGCCACUUUACUAUUUCAUUUGUCUUCCAGAGUGUUUUGAUUUAUUUGUCUUUAUCUUGAAUGAUGUUGAGUGAAAAGCAUAACAAAAGUAGGAACAUUAUGUAGAUGUAUUGAACUGAAAUGACCAGCAUUGAAGCUCAGAUAUGUGACAAAACAUUCCACCACAGUGAACAGCGAGAUUUGUCAGUCAGUCAAAGAUGUCGACAUACGGGAGACAUGAAGAAGAGUGGAGUAACGGUUUAUGUGGCAUGUACGAAACAGUGCAGUGUGUGAAGUCAGGACCUUUAGUUUCAGUCUACAUGUGGUUGCAGUUAUUUACAGUACUUCCAUCUACUGAAUCAGAUCAAUGUAGCUGAAUAAGUCAAUGUUACUGCAGUUUUGAUAUCGUACAGUAGUCGGAUGUAACAUCGACCGCUUCAAAGAACAUGCCUGUUGUCUACUAAGUGAACCUUUUGUAGCUAACGGCUACGCGUCUAAAGUUAAAAAAAAAAAAGGAGAUGAGAGCGAAAACCGCCUUUGAUGCUUUAGAAAAAAACCCUCUGCCUUACACUUUUAAACAUAUAAGUUCAUUUUUAAAAAGACUUUGUUGGUAGUUUUAUUUCUGUGAGAGAAUUUGUGGAAAAAAAGAAAUUGAACCCUUUUCUUGGGAAAAGGUUGUUUUAAGUUUUUUCUCUGGAGAGUGCAUGUACUCCGCCCGCCUGCCUGCCUCAUUGUUGCUCAUACACUUCAAGCUGACUCGCCCGACUGCAGCAUGACAAAGUGGAUUAAUUGAUGAGUCGUGGGGGAUAACUGAUGGCAGUGUAAUUUUUUAACUUAAGUUCAGUGGACGAAGUCCGAAAGACUUCAAAAUAAUUUCGCUUUUUUUUAAUGAAUCAUGAAAAGAAAAAUGUGCAAUGCAAGAAACAAAUGUUUAUGUGGGAGUUUGUCAUUUAAAGUCUGUUUGUUGAAAGGAGAUGAUGUAAAACUGCAGUGAUUGCAUUGUGUGAGGAGGAAUAAAGAUGACAUAUUUUGUACACA